GACUGAAACCGGCGCUCAUACAAUACAAAAUGGCUAACUGGAUACGCGGCUUAUCGUUACUUUUUAUCACGUUCAUAAUUGUUGUCAUUUCCAUUGCUUUCUCGUUUGUCGUGAACAAAAACAACCUCUAUAUUAUUAUAUUCCAUUACGUUUUAACUAAUUGUGAACUCUUUUACGGCAUUCACGUAAUAAGUUAUAUAAUUCUCAUUAUAUUCGAUAUCGGAAUCACGCUGGAGCACGAAGUAUCGCUGUUCUGCACAGUGUUAGAAGAACAGAUUUGCGAUAAGAAGAAAAUAAAUUACCGAUACGUCAUAGCGAGACACGUUCAAUUCUGUGACAUUCUUUCCGAUUUCGACGAUAUUGUCAGCUUCUUCUCUGCCAUUUAUUAUUUGUUCCAAUUGGCAUUGACGUCUCUUUCCGUUUACAAUGGAGUGAUCGGAAAUGGAAGCACCAUAAUUAAAUGUACAGCUCUCGUAGAUUCAGUCUUCAGUAUGUUGGUUUUUUUUAUUCUUACAUUGGCUACUACAAAACUACCGAAAACUAUGCACCGGAUACGUCCCAUCUUGGAGCUUCUUUUCUUCUACGAAGAAGGACUCGAAGACAAGCUAAAGAUAAUUUCCUACAGAAAGAGAUUAGGAAAAGCUCCCAUAGGAAUAACCGUAGCUGGAAUAUUCACGAUUACCAAGAAAAGCAUUCCCAAGACAAUUCAGGCGAUGUAUUCCAGUUUUACAAGUCUACUGAAUGUCAAAAAUCAGAUGAAUGCCUGCGAUAAAGCAUAUAAACACGUUCGGAUAUGAUAGGAAAGAAAGGGACUUAGCAUAAAAUCCUGUUAUUACUUCAC